CUCAUCACACUUCAAACACAAUACCACAAAACUUCAAACUUCCAAAAGUACAACAAACAAACAAAGCUUAAUCGAUCCAACAAUGUCGAAGAUUCUAGUCGUGGUGGUGGCGAUGAUCGCAGUGCUAGCUUUGCCGAUUCGCAGUCAACAACAACCACUUAGCCAAUGUACUCCGUCUAUGAUGACCACUGUGAGUCCUUGUAUGAGCUUCAUAACCAACAGUAGCAGCAACGGAACUUCGCCGUCGUCUGAUUGUUGCAACUCGCUGAGGUCUUUGACCACCGGAGGGAUGGGAUGUCUCUGUCUAAUUGUCACUGGAACUGUGCCUUUCAAUAUUCCGAUUAACCGCACAACCGCCGUCUCUCUUCCCCGUGCUUCCAAUAUUGCUCCAGCUGCUGCUCCUGGACCUGCUGGUACAUUUGGACCAUCGAUGUCUCCAGGACCAGCGACAGAUCCUAUAGUCCCAGAGCCAACCCCGGCAGCUCAGACACCACAGUCUGAUACAACCCGACCUUUUACACCAUCUGUCGACGGUGGAGCUCCGAUGUCAGACGAUGGAGGAAGCACCAGUCGACCUUCUGAGACGCCUUCAUCCGCCUACGCACUCUCACCAUCUCUUCUCUUCUUCAGCAUCGCCCUCGUAGCUCUCAAAUUCUAUUGAUGAAGAUUUCUUUGUAUUCCUCAUGUAAUUUAAUUUAUGCAUCGUUGAUUAUAGAAAGAAACCAUUUAUUUGGUCAUUGCUUUGUGGAAUAAGCUUUUGUGUAUACUGUUCUUUGUUUCGAGUGAGAUUUAUUUUGUAUUGUUUUAAGUAAUACAUCAUCAUUUUUAUG